ACAGAUGCAUCUUUUCCCGGUAUAUUUGUUUUUUACAUAUAUGACUUUUGUCUGAACUUUCAAAACUGUUACAUGGAAGAGAGAACAGACGUAGUAGCAAUCAGAAUAUGAAACGAAAACUAUAAAAGCUCGUCUCAAACCAGUUGUUUUAAAUGUAAUUUUGGCACGCGAAGCAAACAUUUUGACCACAUGACUUGAUCACGAGGGCCUUUACGGGAUGGGGAUACUUGGGAAGAUGUAAACUCUAAAUUGGCUGGCAUACCAAUUAAGUUUAGGUCACCAAGUUGAACAGGUUGACGUUUAUCAAUACGAGUAGCGGGUUAUGGCCAUAACCAUAACUGGUAUUUGGCCAGCUGCCUCUAUGCACCCUGGGUUAUUGCCUCGCUUCCAGAAUGCUGGAAAAAUUUUACAUGAAGGAUCAAAGUUUAGCGGGAAAAUUGUUGCGAAAUGGAGGACGACAGUGAUAGUGAAGAAAUUGAAGUGACUGCAGCCGAGGUGAUUGAGAAACUUGAAGAGGCAUGGUUGAACGAAAAAUUUGCACCAGAACUUCUUCAUUCCAAAGUGGAGCUAGUGGAGUGUCUUUUGGAACAGAUCCAGGAGAUGGACGAAAAACUAAAAGCAGCACCCAAAGGUGACAUUGCAGCAUCAUUACAAAUCAUGGAGCUUGAACGUGUGAAAUUUAUUAUGAGUAGUUACAUGAGGAGAAGGAUCGAAAAGAUAGAAGAAUUCACUGUACAUAUCCUAGAAGAAGAAGCUGGAAGAAGCGAGGGUCAGCCAAGCAAGCUGUCACCUGAAGAACUCAGAUAUGCAAAAGAAUUUGCAGACAAUAUGGAAUCGUUGUUCAGUUCACUGGCCUUGCGACAUAUGCCUGCCAACAUGCAAAGCAUUGACCGCAAAAAAGUUGCACGGCCGAACCUCAACAGCCAUGUUUUCCUGACAGUAACGGAAAACCAAGAUCAAGUGCUUGUCGAUCCAGAGGAGGAGCCAUUUGAUCUUGAAGAGGGAACCCAGCAUAUAAUGCGAUAUGGCCCAGUGGCACCGCUGGUCAACUCAAGUGCUGUAAAACUCAUUUGAUGUAGAGGGACUGCAUCAACACCUGACUAGCAUACGUUUAUUGAACCUGUUUGUAAAUAACAGCUUGAUAAUCAAAAGAAGAACUGUAUUUAUUCGUAGAGCGAAUGACGAUAUCUUUGAAGGCAAUUGGUUAAUAUAAGAGGAGCAACAUCGCUUGGACUACCGAAUUUGCAUGUGCUUUUCAUGCAAUCAAUAAAUCAUCACGCGUGAUUCCAUAAAUCCAAAUACGUAUUCUAUAAAUCCAUACUUCAUGUCGACAAGAUCUUUCACAAGCAUCUUGCCACAUUUAUAAAGCGUCGAGAACCUAAAUAUACAAAAUAUCUAAACUUAACCUAAUCGCUCUUAACCGAAUUCCAUUUCCAACUUCAACUCCAACUCCAACUCAAAAACUAACUCUAUAUGUAACACGCCCAAAAUAUAACUAAACAAGAACUUAUUGUAAUGCUACAUAGCUACGAAAAUUUACAUAAUAAUAGUGAAUACAAAAUAUAUUAGUCCCAAGAUUAAUUACAUAAACUGAAUAAUGAUACUAAAAAUCCCAAAAGAAAUAGUUAAUGAAUCUAAAGGUGCAAUUAGAAAACAAAAGGAAUUAUAAACAAUCGAAUGUGCGAACGGUGAUAAAAUUACUAAGGUUACAGGAUGCAAAACAAACGAAAUCCAAACUAGCACUAUUACACAUGCGUUUGUUUCCAAAACAAAUAUACGCUUCACGUGACCAGUUGCAUCAUAGCAGAUUGGAGCCAAUAACUUGAAUUGAUCGAAAGACCAAGCUCGGCGAUUUGUAGAUAGAUUUUGGCCAGGCGAGGCGCUGCCUAUUUUUAUGAACAAAUAUAAACAAAACUAACAAAGCAUUAAACAAUUAAAUUAAUUGAUCAGGAUUUUGAAACCAGUGAAUUUAGAACGACAACUGACUCGAUUCCUUCAAUAGCAAAUAGAGUGGUUGACGGGUUUUGUAGUAAAAAAAAGUGUUAAUUUUGAUACGGAGGUAACAGAAAUUUGUUGCAAUGUAUGUUUGAUCUAAUUCAACCUUUGUUGAAUAUGUGAAACGGACACUGGAAUAACCUAUUAAAACCAUUUGAUAUUAUUGAUGUCAUCUA